AUAUUUGGAAACUUGCGCAGCCGGCUAGCUGCUACACAUCAUGCUUUGUACGUCAUGACUCAUGAAGUUGUUGACAUCAAUUCUCUAGAAUUGGUGUAAUACAAAUAGUUUGUAGAAUAGAGAAUUUGCUUUGCAGGGGCGGCGUUUACAACGCAUUAACUCCGUGGGCCCGCUACGUGCUUCAGCUUGGUUGUUGUCUUCAUCCAAUGCCUUUGCUUGUUUCAUAACUUAGUAACAAUUAUAGGUUAUAUGUCUGGCUUUGUUUCGAUAAGAUAUUGUUCACCUCACCGCUUCGAAGACGGUGACCUGUUGCUAAACUGUUGCUUAAGUGCAGAAGGGUUGAAAGGUCUAGAGGACAAAAGGUUGGAGCAUCUUGGCUUGCCAACCACUGAGAUGCAAGCAAAUCUCUUGGAUUAGCGGGACUGGUCACCGCAUGGAACAUGAAUGCUGAAGCAUGAGGAGAGCUGGGCAGUCGCCGAGGAGCGGGCCAGAGCAAGAGGUAGUGGACAGAGUUGCAAUUCUGCAUCCCAAAAUGACGCUGGAGCUACUCAACCAUGACAAGCCACCGGACGACAAGUACAAUGUGGCCUACAUCAUCUUCUUUGCCAUGGGCGCUGGCUUCCUCUUCCCCUGGAACUCCUUCAUCACUGCCGCCGACUACUUUGGCUCCCUCUAUCCUGAGGCACACAUCGAGCGCUCCUUCAGCCUGGCGUACAUGCUGCCCACCCUGGUGUCCAUCGUUCUCCUCAUCAAGUACGGCCGCCACUACGCGCCCGCCUCGCGCAUCACUCUCGGCUUUGCGGUCUUCCUCCUCCUCCUGCUGAUUGUACCCCUCAUUGACAUUGCCGUCAUUCGAAACGGCACUGGGACGCCCGCAACGCUGGCCAUCACCAUCGGCCUGGUGAUGGUGGUCGGGACAAUGGACGCGGUGGUUCAAGGGAGUCUCUUUGGUGUGGCGGGCGAGCUGCCGGAGAAGUUCACGCAGGCGCUGUCAGGCGGGACGGGCGCGUCGGGGCUCCUCGUCAGCCUGCUGCGCUGCUUCACCAAGGCGGCCCUGCCCAACACGCGGCGCGGGAUGCGUGCGAGCGCGCUGCUCUACUUUGCGAUCAGCGCCGUCUUUAUUGCGGGUGUGCUGGCGGCGUACCGCCUCCUCAAGAAGCUGCCCAUCAUACGCUAUUACGAGCGGCUGAAGCGAGAGCGCGAGGCCGAGCCGGAGACGGUCGUCAGGGAAGAGGGGAGCGUGGCCGGUCCGGCCAGUAUACACGAGCAGAGCAACGGACACAACCCGCAGCGGUACCAGCGGCUAGAGCCUGCAGCGGGGGAAAGCAGUGAGGGUCGUCCUGAAGAGUCGCAGGGCCCCGUUCUGGUACGCGAGCCGACCUUGAGCGCGUUUCUGGUAUCGGAGAUUCUGUCCCCGUCCCCGGUAGUUGUGGAGCUUGAUCCGCCGCAGGCCCCCGUUAAGUUCGUACAGGUCUUCCGGAAGAUUUGGGUUUUCGCAGUCAUGCUGCUGCUCAUUUACGAGGUGACUUUGAGCAUCUUCCCCGGCUUCCUGGCAGAGGACGUGCACUCGGCGGCCCUGGGUGAUUGGUACCCCGUCCUGCUGAUCACGGCGUAUAACCUGGGCGACUUGGCUGGGAAGAUGGCGCCCCUGGUCUUCGUUCUCCGAAACGACACUGUCAUCGUGGCAAGCGUGCUUCUGCGCGUCCUGUUCUUCCCGGCCUUCUUCGUGUGUGUCUGGGGGCCGGCGGCGAUGCGCAGCGAGUGGAUCGUCUUCUCCCUCACGCUCGCGCUCGGGGUGACCAACGGCUACUUCACAAGUGUGUUGAUGAUGCUGGCGCCCAAGCGGGUGGACCCGCACGAGGCAGAAACCGCGGGGACCAUCAUGGUGCUGUUCCUGGUGACAGGCCUGGCGGCGGGGGCAAUCUCGGGCUGGCUCUGGCUGCUUUAAUAGCCCCCCCCGAACAAGUGAUUCAACAAAGGGUAACCAUUUGACUUCCUCAUUUGUCAGUACACCGUUAGACUCAAUCGCUCGGCAGUGUAUAGUAGGUAGGAUAGGUCAGACGGACAGGCGGAGGCGUUCCUCCGAGGACUGUAAUUGACGAGGAUUGGAGCGAAGAUGUGUUCGCCUUCGAAAAGAUCAGCGCUUUUGCUUUAAAUGAAUGAAGCAGCCCACAGGUUAGCAACGGAAGCCGCCCCGUUUCCGUGAGUCGAUCAAUGUUCGACCAAUCAAGCAACAAGGCCCCAGCUCACCAUUCAGACAGCAGAAAGGUCAUGCGGACAUUGAGAAUUUGAUUGGACUCGCCACGAAUUGGAAAUGUUUAAACUAGUGAGAAUUGGCUACGGUA